CGUAGGCUCAACUCGCUCGGCAAGCCUAUGCGCCUAGAAUGCAGAUUGUAUUUUGCUAAGUCCCUACCGUUCCUGCCUUGAUGAUAUUGUGGUAUUUGACAAGCUUGCUUCUGUCGAUUUGAAGAAAUUUGCACGCUCAGAAGGCUUAGAUACUCAGCUGAAACGAUGGAUCCAAGUGCUAUCCCUGAUUCAGGCAGUGCUUGAUGAUGCAGAGGACAAGCAGAAUAUGAGGAUUGCUGUGAAGCACUGGCUAGAUGAUCAUCAGGAUUUGGCAUAUGAUAUGGAUGAUGUGAUCGACGAAUUCUCCACAGAAGCUUGUCGAAGAAAGUUGAUGGAAGCUCAAGGCUCUACUAGCAAGGUAAGAAAGGUUAAAAUCCCUUCCUGUUGUACAAGUUUUUCUGUUAAAGAUUAUAAGUUCAACAGAAAAAUGACUCCCAAGGUGGAUGAAAUAACUAGAAGAUUGGAGAGCCUGAAAGAACAAAUCAAAAUCCUCCAUUUGGUAGAGACUGUAGCAAAGAGGCCGAACAAAACUAGGGAUAGAUUGCCAUCAACUUCCUUAGUGGAGUCUUAUGUUUAUGGUCGAGAGAAUGACAAAGAAGAGCUGCUGAAAUUGCUCCUUUCAAAUGAAUCGAGCGAUGAUCAAGUGGUUGUGAUACCAAUUGUUGGCAUGGGAGGGGUUGGUAAAACAACUCUUGCUCAAAUGGUGUACAAUGAUGACAGAGUCAACGAAUUUUUCGAUUCCAAGGCUUGGGCUUGUGUUUCAGAUGAUUUUGACAUUUUUGGGGUAACAAAGACAAUCCUCAGAGCAAUCACAUCAGGUGGCUGUGAUUAUGAGGAUCUGAAUAUGGUUCAAGUGAAACUGAGUGAGGCCUUGACCAGGAAGAGGUUUCUAAUUGUUUUAGAUGAUGUUUGGAAUGAAAAAUAUGAGGACUGGGACAUCCUGCGCCGCCCAUUUCUAGUUGGUUCAUCUGGGAGCAAGAUAAUUGUCACCACUCGGCAUCAUAGGGUGGCAUCAGUAAUGUCUUCCACUGCUGGAUAUAGUCUGAAGGAGUUGACAGAUGAUGAAAGCUUAUGCUUACUGGCAAGACAUGCACUGGGAAGGACAAAUUUUGACAGGUACCCCAAUCUAGAAGGCAUUGGUAGGAGUAUUGUAAGGAAAUGUAAGAACUUGCCCCUGGCCGUGAAGACUCUUGGAGGGCUGUUGCGUGCUAGAUCGACCCCAGAUGAAUGGACGGAUAUACUGAACAGUGAGAUAUGGGAAAUAAAAGAGGAUCAAAGUGAUAUUCUUCCAGCACUGAGAUUAAGCUAUUAUCAUCUUCCUGCCCAUCUAAAACCGUGCUUUGCUUACUGCUCCAUAUUUCCCAAGGACUAUGAGUUUGACAAAUAUGAGCUAGUAUUGCUCUGGAUGGCAGAGGGUUUUCUCGAGGAAUCAAAAGCAAGUGAUCUUAUGGAGGACAUAGGGGACAAUUAUUUUAAGGAGCUACUAAUGAGGUCCUUCUUCCAGCAGUCAAGUUCCAAUAGUUCACGUUUUGUGAUGCAUGACCUUAUUAACGAUCUAGCCAGAUAUGUUGCCGGAGAUUUUUGUUCAAGACUGACAGACGACUUGGAAGAGAACAUCAAAUGCACGAUCCUUGACAAGGUUAGGUACGCAUCAUUCACAAGUUCAUGGUAUGAAGCUUCACAAAAGUUUAAAACUCUUCAGAAAGCAAAACAUUUGCGGAGUUUCCUACCAUUGCCCAUUUUUGCCGAGGAUGGCAGCGACGAGUUUUACAUCGCUAAAAAGGUCAUAGCAGAACUUUUGCCGGAAUUGCGAUACUCAAGGGUGCUAUCAUUCGGUGGCUAUGCUAUCUCUGAACUUCCAGAUUCCAUCAGUGAAUUAAUACAUCUAAGGUACCUGAAUUUGUCUGGUACUCGGUUGAAAUUGUUGCCUGAAUCAAUGAGUAAUCUUUGCAAUUUACAAACACUACGUUUGGGCAACUGCAGGGAGCUGAUUAACUUACCAGUAGGUAUUAGAAAAUUAAUUAACCUGCGCCAUCUUGAAAAUUCCAAUACUAGUCAAUUGCAUGAGAUGCCUUCAGGGAUUGAUCAGUUGACGAGCUUGCAGACACUAUCCAAAGUGGUUGUGAGCAAACAUGGUGCGUUCAGGCUGAAAGACUUGGGGAACUUGUCCUUACUGGCAGGGUCACUCGCCAUUUUGGAGUUGCAAAAUGUUACGAAUGUUCAAGAAGCACGGGAUGCCAAUUUGAAGGACAAGAGGGACCUUGAUAAAAUAGUAUUGGCAUGGAAUAGUGAAUAUGAUGAUUCUCUGAGUAAAGUUCUUCAACAAGAUUUGCUUGAGGCGCUACGACCACACACAAACCUAACGAGUCUUGAAAUUGAGUUCUAUAAGGGAGACAAAUUCUCCUCCUGGGUGGGGGAUUAUUCAUUUACUAAAUUAGUAAAAGUAAGCCUUAGAGGUUGUACACACUGCAAGUGUUUACCAUCACUCGGGCAAUUGCCUGCGCUCAAGGAUUUGAGCAUUCAAAGCAUGCUUGAGGUGAAGGCAGUAGGUACCGAGUUAUGUGGCAAAGAUUGCUCUUGGGAAUUUUCCUUUCCAUCGCUCGAAAGUCUAACAUUUGAUGACAUGCCAGAAUGGGAGGAAUGGACUUGCUUAAGUUCAGCAGGAGAGAACGAAUGCCACUUCCCUCUGCUCCGAAAGCUCUGUAUAAGUAGAUGCCCAAAGUUGAAAAGCAUUCCUGUUUUGCAUCUUCCUUCACUUUCUGAACUAAAGUUAGAUGAGUGCUCGGUGGGAAUUGCAAAAUGUUUUUACAAUUUGACCUCAUUAAACAAAUUGGAGUUUUGGCAGAUUAUAGGCCUUGCAUCCCUCGAGGAUGUGUUCAUGCAGUUUCCAUCAGGCCUUGAAGAUAUCGCAUUACGCAGCUGCCAUCAACUGAAGAAUUUGUGGGGCUCAAGUACUACACGUGUCUUACCUAUGCUUAAAUAUCUUACGAUAGAAAGUUGCAGUGCUCUCCAGUCUUUGCCUACAUUAUCUGGUCUUAACAGAUUGCGAAUAAGCUUUUGCUCUGCCCUCAGUUGCUUGCCAAUGGACAAGUUGCUCCUCCCUCAGCUUAGGCAUCUUGAGAUCUUUGAUUGCCAUAAACUGAACCUUACUCCGGAGAUUGUCAUAGAGGACACCAGCACAUCGAUUGAGGGACUGCAAAUCUUUGGCUGCCCAUGUCUGAAUUUGAGAACAAUGCUUGGUUCAGUCUACAGUUUUGCAAGUCUCCGGUCUUUGGAUAUUAGGGAUUGUGAUUAUCAUCUGGAUCAAUUGCCCACUCCAAAUUUGGAACGUCUUUACUUGUGCAGAUGCAAAAAUGUUAGUUACUUGCCCAGUGGGUUGGGAAGACUAAGAUCUCUGCAGUUGUCUUUUUGUUCAAGUCCUUUGUUAUUUCCACAGGGAGAUUUUCCUCCCAGUCUGGAGGGUCUUUACAUAGAGGGAGGAGAAAACUUACAGCUGAAGCCACUGUCAGAAUGGGGACUCAACAGACUCACGUCUCUUGAAAGGUUCCGCAUCCGCGGUGGAUAUCCAGAGCUGGAAUCAUUUUCUGGUAGCGGUGAUGAUGGAUUCGCUUUGCUUCCUCCAACUCUCAGGUCCGUCGACAUUGGUGACUUACCAAAUCUGAAAUCGCUCUCCACGCUCUUGCGAGGUCUUACAGCUCUUAAAGGUCUGCGUAUCUUUGGCUGCCCCAAGCUUGGAUCCCUACCAAAGGAAUCGCUGCGUAAUCAGCUUAAACUUCUCAGAAUUGAUACAUGCCCACUUCUCGAGAAAAGGUGUUUGAUGGAUAGAGACUACUGGCGCGUGAUUGAAGACAUUCCCUGUGUGGGAAUAGGCAGUGAUCUACAGCGGGUAUAUACGUGUCUAUGUAUAUAUUUUUCUUUUUAGUUUUUGCAACAGGUUUACAUAUGUGUGUGUAUAUAUAUACAUA